AUGUGUCAUAAGGACGUGGCGUGGAUGUUUCAGCAAUGGGACGGUGACAAUGAUGGAGAAUUAAGCAUGAAAGAAUUAGCUCCAUUAGAGGCAGAUUCGAAGGAGAAAUGUCUGAAAGCAUACAUUGAUCGUUGUGAUACGGAGCCGGGCAAUGUUAAUGUGAUAACAUUGGAUGAAUGGUGUGAUUGCUUUGCUUGGGCCGAUGAUGAUCGACAUGAGCCACCGUGUCAUGCAGCAAAACAUCAACAAGAUCCGCAUUUAUUGGAAGCUUUUCAUCCACGUUGCACAUUGGAAGGAUACUACAAGGUGGAGCAAUGUCAUGAGAAUUCUUGUUGGUGUGUUGAUAAAUAUGGUCGAGAAUUUGAUAAGUCACGAGUAACGGGACGUCUUCCAGAUUGUGGACAAUAUGCAACCGAAAUGGAUGAAAAUGAAAGGGAAGAACUUUUAGCUGAAUUAUGA